CGCGGCAGCAGCCGGGGCAGGUGGGCCGCCGCCCAGGCUGAGGUGGCGCCCAAGACGCGGCUGAGCUCGCCCAGGGGGGGCAGCAGUAGCCGGAGGAAGCCGCCGCCGCCGCCGGCCCCCCCUAGCACCAGCGCCCCGGGCCGGGGGGGGCGAGGAGGCGGGGGCGGCAGGACGGGGGGCGGGGGCGGCGGCGGCCACCUGGCCCGGACCACCCCGGCCCGGAGGGCCGUCAACAAAGUGGUGUACGAUGACCACGAGAGUGAGGAGGAAGAGGAGGAGGAGGACAUGGUCUCCGAGGAGGAGGAGGAGGAGGAGGACGGCGAGGCUGAGGAGACCCAGGAUUCCGAGGACGACGAGGAGGAUGAAAUGGAAGAGGACGACGAUGACUCCGAUUAUCCGGAGGAGAUGGAAGACGACGACGACGACGACGCCAGUUAUUGCACGGAAAGCAGCUUCAGGAGCCAUAGCACCUAUAGCAGCACUCCAGGUAGGCGAAAACCGAGAGUACAUCGGCCUCGUUCUCCAAUAUUGGAAGAAAAAGACAUCCCACCCCUUGAAUUUCCCAAGUCCUCUGAGGAUUUAAUGGUGCCUAACGAGCAUAUAAUGAAUGUUAUUGCCAUUUAUGAGGUACUGCGGAACUUUGGUACAGUUUUAAGGUUAUCUCCUUUUCGCUUUGAGGACUUUUGUGCAGCUCUGGUGAGUCAAGAGCAGUGCACACUUAUGGCGGAGAUGCACGUAGUGCUUUUGAAAGCAGUUUUGCGUGAAGAAGACACUUCCAAUACUACCUUUGGACCUGCCGAUCUGAAAGAUAGCGUGAAUUCCACGCUAUAUUUCAUCGAUGGCAUGACGUGGCCAGAGGUGCUGCGGGUGUACUGUGAGAGCGACAAGGAGUACCAUCAUGUCCUUCCUUACCAAGAAGCAGAGGACUAUCCUUAUGGACCAGUAGAGAACAAAAUCAAAGUUCUGCAGUUCUUAGUCGAUCAGUUUCUUACCACAAACAUUGCUCGUGAGGAGUUGAUGUCUGAAGGGGUGAUCCAGUACGAUGACCACUGUAGGGUUUGUCACAAACUCGGGGAUUUGCUUUGCUGUGAGACCUGCUCAGCAGUGUACCAUUUGGAAUGUGUGAAGCCGCCUCUCGAGGAGGUGCCAGAGGAUGAGUGGCAGUGUGAAGUCUGUGUAGCACAUAAGGUUCCUGGUGUGACUGACUGCGUUGCUGAAAUCCAAAAAAACAAACCAUAUAUUCGACAUGAACCUAUUGGAUAUGACAGAAGUCGGAGGAAAUACUGGUUCUUAAACCGAAGACUCAUAAUAGAAGAAGAUACAGAAAAUGAAAAUGAAAAGAAAAUUUGGUACUACAGCACAAAGGUCCAGCUUGCAGAAUUAAUUGACUGUCUAGACAAAGAUUACUGGGAAGCAGAACUCUGCAAAAUCCUAGAAGAAAUGCGUGAAGAAAUCCACCGGCACAUGGACAUAACUGAAGACCUGACCAAUAAGGCUCGGGGCAGUAAUAAAUCCUUUCUGGCGGCAGCUAAUGAAGAAAUUUUGGAAUCUAUAAGAGCCAAAAAAGGAGACAUUGAUAUUGUUAAAAGUCCAGAAGAAAUAGAAAAGGAGAAGAAUGAGACUGAGAAUAAUAACUCCAAAGAUGCUGAGAAAAGCAGAGAGGAGUUUGAAGACCAGAGUCUUGAAAAAGACAGUGAUGACAAAACACCAGAUGAUCCUGAGCAAGGAAAAUCUGAGGUUGGUGAUUUCAAAUCAGAGAAGUCUAAUGGGGAAAUAAGUGAGUCUCCUGGAGGUGGAAGAGGAGCAUCUGGUUCAACUCGGAUUAUCACCAGGUUACGGAAUCCAGACAGCAAACUGAGUCAGCUGAAGAGCCAACAGGUGGCAGCCGCAGCCCACGAAGCAAAUAAAUUAUUUAAGGAGGGGAAAGAGGUACUGGUAGUUAAUUCUCAAGGAGAAAUUUCACGGUUGAGCACCAAAAAGGAAGUGGUCAUGAAGGGAAAUAUCAACAAUUAUUUUAAGUUGGGUCAAGAAGGAAAGUAUCGCGUCUACCACAAUCAGUACUCCACCAAUUCAUUUGCUUUGAAUAAGCACCAGCACAGAGAAGACCAUGAUAAGAGAAGGCAUCUUGCACAUAAAUUCUGUCUGACUCCAGCUGGAGAGUUCAAAUGGAAUGGUUCUGUCCAUGGAUCCAAAGUUCUUACCAUAUCUACUCUGAGACUGACUAUCACCCAGUUGGAAAACAAUAUCCCUUCCUCCUUUCUUCAUCCCAACUGGGCUUCACACAGGGCAAAUUGGAUCAAGGCCGUUCAGAUGUGUAGCAAACCCAGAGAAUUUGCGUUGGCUUUAGCUAUUUUGGAAUGUGCAGUUAAACCAGUUGUGAUGCUCCCAAUCUGGCGGGAAUCUUUAGGACAUACCAGGUUACAUAGAAUGACAUCAAUUGAAAGAGAAGAAAAGGAGAAAGUCAAAAAAAAAGAGAAAAAACAAGAAGAGGAAGAAACAAUGCAACAAGCUACAUGGGUAAAAUAUACGUUUCCAGUUAAACAUCAGGUUUGGAAACAAAAAGGAGAGGAAUACAGAGUAACAGGAUAUGGUGGUUGGAGCUGGAUUAGUAAAACUCAUGUUUAUAGGUUUGUUCCUAAAUUGCCAGGCAAUACUAAUGUGAAUUACAGAAAGUCAUUAGAAGAAACUAAAAGUAAUAUGGAUGAAAAUAUGGAUGAAUCAGAUAGAAGAAAAAAUCCACGAAGUCCAAAAAAAAUAAAAACAGAGUCUGAUUCUGAGAAAGGCGAGGUAAAAGAUUCAGAUACUACAAAAGGAGCAGACCAAAGUGACAUGGACAUUUCAAAGGUUACUGAGAAGAAGGACCAAGAUGUAAAAGAAGUUUUAGACUCUGACAAUGAUAAAUCCUUUAAGGAAGAACCGAUGGAAAUAGAUGAUGAUGUGAAAACAGAGUCACAUAUAAAUUGUCAGGAAAGUUCUCAAGUAGAUGUGGUCAAUGUCAGUGAGGGUUUUCAUCUAAGGACUAGUUAUAAAAAGAAAAUCAAAUCAUCCAAACUAGAUGGACUUCUUGAAAGGAGAAUUAAACAGUUUACACUGGAAGAAAAACAACGCCACGAGAAAAUGAAGUUGGAGGGUGGAAUUAAGGGUAUAGGAAAGACCUGCACAAGUUCUUCGAAAAGUCUGUCUGAAUCACCAGUAAUAACAAAAGUAAAAGAAGGGUGUCAAAGUGACUUGCUUACACAAGAACAGAGCCCUAAUGCAAGUAACGAUAAAUCUGAAGACUUGAUUCGGGGAUGUUCACAAAAUGAUUCCUCGGUUCUUGGAAUCAGUGAUCCUGAUCAUACAACAAACAAACUUUAUUCAAAAGAUCAAAUGCUAGAUGAUGCCUCCAUUCAGAGCUCAGAGACAAACCGUCAGAAACAAAAUUCUGUUCGAAAUGACAUAAAUGCGAGUCUCUCUGACCCUGCCAGUAAAGGCCAGGAACCCAGUAAGAUUAAAACAAAAGGAAGUGAUUUUCUCAUUGAUGACGCUAAACUAGCCAGUGCAGAUGAAAUUGGUACUUUGAUCUAUAAGAAUAAAAAACCACUCAUGCAGGAAGAUAAUGACACCAUUGUGUCUCCUUCCCAGAGCCCUUUACUUCCAUCAGUACCUAAAAGUACUGAUGAGAGAGAUAUCCCAUCUCUGUCAAAAGCAAUAGACUUUGAAGGAAAAUUGGGAUGUGAUUCUGAAUAUAAUAGCACUUUGGAAAAUAGUUCUGAUACUAUGUCUAUUCAAGACAGCAGUGAAGAAGAUAUGAUUGUUCAGAAUAGCAAUGAAAGUAUUUCUGAACAGUUAAUAACUCAAGAACAAGGUAGUGAAGGCUUAGAACCAUUGAAACAUGAGUUUGUUUCAGAUAAGACCACUGGAAACUGUGGCGACAGGCUGCAGGCUAAGGUAAAUGAAGCAAAUGGUAAAAAAACAAGUCAAGAUCAGAAAUUAGAGGAGAGACCACUUAAUAAAUGUAUCGAUCAAAUCAAUCUGAAAAGUGUCACUGACAAAAAGAAUAAUGAAAACCGAGAGUCUGAAAAGAAAGGACAGAAAGCAAGUACCUUUCAAAUAAAUGGAAAAGAUAAUAAACCUAAUAUAUAUUUGAAAGGUGAAUGCUUGAAAGACAUUUCUGAGAGUAAAGUAGGAAGUUGUGACAUUGAACCAAAGGUUAAUAAUAUAAAUAAAAUAAUUCCUGAAAACGAUAUUAAGUCUUUAACUGUUAAAGAAUCUGCUGUAAAGCCAUUCAUGAAUGGUGAUGUUAUCAUGGAAGAUUUUAAUGAAAAAAACAACUUGGAAACAAAAUCAUGUUUACUGAGGUCUUCGGAUACUGAAGGUGACUACCAAGAUCGCCUAGAGACCCUGCCGUCAACCAAAGAGUCUGAGGGUACCCAAGCUACCACGCCUCUGCCAUCUUGUCCAGAAAGCAGUUCAGCCAAUCAGGAAGAAGAUAUGGAAAUUGAAACCUGCGAAGUUAAGAAAGUUACUUCGUCUCCUGUUACUUCUGGAGAGGACUCUAACUUCAGUAAUGAUUUUAUUGAUGAAAAUGGCCCGCCCACCAACAAAGAUGAAAAUGUCAAUGGAGAGUCUAAAAGAAAAACAAUCAUCACAGAAGUCACCACCAUGACGUCCACAGUAGCCACAGAAUCAAAAACCGUAAUUAAGGUAGCAAAAGUUGAUAAGCAGACUGUGGUCUCUUCCACAGAAAACUGUGCCAAGUCCACUGUCACAACCACCACUACAACAGUAACAAAGCUUUCCACGCCCUCCACAGGCAGCAGUGUGGACAUAAUCUCUGUGAAGGAGCAGAGCAAAACUGUGGUCACCACGACAGUGACAGACUCACUGACCACCGCAGGAGGCACUCUGGUAACAUCUAUGACCGUGAGCAAAGAAUAUUCCACAAGAGACAAAGUGAAACUCAUGAAGUUUUCAAGACCCAAGAAGGCUCGUUCAGGUACAGCUCUGCCGUCGUACAGAAAGUUCAUCACCAAGAGCAGCAAGAAGAGCAUAUUUGUUUUGCCCAAUGAUGACCUAAAAAAAUUGGCCAGAAAAGGAGGAAUCCGAGAAGUCCCUUAUUUUAAUUACAAUGCAAAACCUGCCUUGGAUAUAUGGCCAUAUCCUUCUCCUAGACCAACCUUUGGUAUCACUUGGAGGUAUAGACUUCAGACUGUGAAGUCCUUAGCUGGAGUGAGUCUUAUGUUGCGGUUACUGUGGGCAAGUCUGAGAUGGGAUGACAUGGCAGCCAAGGCUCCUCCAGGAGGAGGGACUACACGGACAGAAACAUCUGAAACUGAAAUCACAACAACAGAAAUAAUUAAGAGGCGAGAUGUUGGUCCUUAUGGCAUUCGAUCUGAAUAUUGUAUCAGGAAAAUCAUCUGCCCCAUUGGAGUUCCAGAAGCACCAAAAGAAACACCUACGCCACAGAGGAAAGGCCUUCGAUCGAGUGCAUUGCGGCCAAAGAGACCAGAAACGCCCAAGCAAACUGGCCCUGUUAUUAUUGAAACCUGGGUAGCAGAGGAAGAGUUGGAAUUAUGGGAGAUCAGGGCGUUUGCUGAGAGAGUGGAGAAAGAAAAGGCACAAGCAGUUGAGCAACAGGCUAAGAAACGAUUGGAACAGCAGAAACCUACAGUAAUUGCAGCUUCCACUACUUCCCCAGCAAACAGUACAACUAGUACCAUCUCUCCAGCACAGAAAGUUAUGGUGGCCCCCAUAAGUGGCUCAGUUACAACUGGCACUAAAAUGGUACUAACUACUAAAGUUGGAUCUCCAGCUACAGUAACAUUCCAGCAGAACAAGAACUUUCAUCAGACCUUUGCUACCUGGGUUAAGCAAGGCCAGUCAAAUUCAGGCGUUGUUCAAGUACAGCAGAAAGUCCUGGGUAUCAUUCCAUCCAGUACAGGUACAAGUCAGCAAACCUUUACUUCAUUCCAGCCCAGGGCAGCAACAGUCACGAUUAGGCCCAAUACCUCAAGCUCUGGAGGAACCGCAAGCACUUCCCAAGUAAUCACAGGGCCUCAGAUCCGCCCUGGUAUGACGGUGAUUAGAACACCACUCCAACAGUCAACACUAGGAAAGGCAAUUAUUCGAACACCUGUGAUGGUACAGCCAGGGACUCCUCAACAGGUGGUGACGCAGAUCAUCAGAGGGCAGCCUGUUUCCACUGCGAUCUCUGCCCCUAGUACAGUUUCCUCAACACCUGCACAGAAAGGACUAACUUCAGGAGCACCCACUGCAAGUCUACAGCCUUCAGCCUCACAGCCCCCUCGCCCCCAGCAAGGACAGGUGAAGCUUACCAUGGCUCAACUCACCCAGUUAACACAGGGCCACGGUGGCAAUCAAGGUUUGACAGUAGUGAUUCAAGGACAAGGCCAAACUACUGGACAGUUGCAGUUGAUACCUCAAGGGGUGACUAUACUUCCCGGUCCAGGACAGCAGCUGAUGCAAGCCGCAAUGCCAAACGGUACCGUCCAGCGGUUCCUCUUCACCCCACUGGCAACAACGGCCACGGCAACCAGCACCACCACCACCACUGUUUCCACUACAGCAGCAGGUACAAGUGAACAAAGACAGAGUAAAUUAUCGCCCCUGACACAGGUGCAGCCAGCCAAGAGCCUGCCUCCAGCUCAACCGUCGAGCGUGAGUCCUGCAGAAGCCCAGCCUCAGACUGCUCAGCCCGCACAGCCUCAGCCCCCAACCCAACCCCCGUCCCCAGCUCAGCCUGAAGCCCAGACCCAAGCAACUUCUGCCUCCCACGUCCCUCCUGAAGCACAGCCCACCCAAGCACAGUCCUCCAAACCCCAAGGUGCAGGACAGUGUCAGCCUCAGAGUAAUGUCCAAGGACAGUCUCCUGCUCGUGUCCAGAGUCCACCACAGACUCGAAUGCGUCCAUCAACUCCAUCCCAGGUGUCUCCUGGACAGCAGUCCCAGGGUCAGACUACAGCCUCACAGCCGAUUCCAAUUCAGCCACACACAUCUCUUCAGCCACCUUCCCAGGGCCAGCCACAGUCACAACCCCAGGUACAGUCUUCAACUCAAACUCUUUCAUCAGGACAAACGUUAAGCCAAGUUACUGUUUCGUCCCCAUCCCGUCCUCCGCUCCAAGUACGGCAGCCUCAGCCCCAAGUCCUUGCUGUGCCGCAGCUGCAACAAGUCCAGGUUCUCUCCCAGAUCCAGUCACAGGUUGUGGCUCAGAUACAGGCUCAGCAAGGUGGUGUGCCCCAGCAGAUCAAACUCCAGGUCCCCGUUCAGAUGCAGCAAAGCAGCCCUGUGCAGACUCAUCAGAUUCAGAAUGUGGUUACAGUGCAGGCAGCCAGUGUGCAAGAGCAGUUGCAAAGGGUUCAGCAACUCAGGGAUCAGCAGCAAAAGAAGAAGCAGCAACAGAUAGAAAUUAAGCGGGAACACACCCUCCAAGCUUCUAAUCAAAGUGAAAUCAUUCAGAAACAGGUGGUGAUGAAGCAUAAUGCUGUAAUAGAACAUUUAAAACAGAAAAAGACCAUGACUCCAGCUGAAAGAGAAGAGAAUCAAAGAAUGAUUGUCUGUAACCAGGUGAUGAAGUAUAUUUUGGAUAAGAUAGAUAAAGAAGAAAAACAGGCAGCAAAAAAACGGAAGCGAGAGGAGAGCGUGGAACAGAAACGUAGCAAACAGAAUGCCAGCAAGCUCUCUGCACUGCUCUUCAAGCACAAAGAGCAGCUCAAAGCCGAAAUACUGAAGAAGAGAGCACUGCUAGACAAAGACCUACAAAUUGAAGUGCAGGAAGAGCUCAAGAGGGACCUGAAAAUUAAGAAGGAAAAAGACAUGAUGCAGGCCACAGCUGUCGCUGCCACCUCCCCCGCCGCAGCACCGGCACCUCCAGCCCCUCCGCCUUCCCCGCCACCUCCGCCCCCGCCGCAGCACUCGGGCCCCCUAGCCACGGCCACGGCCACGGCCACGCUGCCUGUGGCUUCCCAGAAGAGGAAGCGAGAAGAGGAAAGAGACUCAAGCUCCAAGUCGAAGAAGAAGAAAAUGAUCUCUACUACCUCAAAGGAGACAAAGAAGGACACAAAGCUUUACUGUAUUUGUAAAACGCCUUACGACGAGUCUAAAUUUUAUAUUGGCUGUGAUCGGUGUCAGAAUUGGUACCAUGGGCGCUGCGUUGGCAUCUUGCAAAGUGAGGCAGAACUCAUUGACGAGUAUGUCUGUCCACAGUGCCAGUCAACAGAGGAUGCCAUGACAGUGCUCACGCCGCUAACAGAGAAAGAUUAUGAGGGUUUGAAGAGGGUGCUGCGUUCUUUACAGGCCCAUAAGAUGGCCUGGCCUUUCCUUGAACCAGUGGAUCCUAAUGAUGCGCCAGAUUAUUACGGUGUUAUUAAGGAACCUAUGGACCUUGCCACCAUGGAAGAAAGAGUACAAAGAAGAUAUUAUGAAAAGCUGACGGAAUUUGUAGCAGAUAUGACCAAAAUUUUUGAUAAUUGUCGUUACUACAAUCCAAGUGAUUCUCCUUUUUACCAGUGUGCAGAAGUUCUUGAAUCAUUCUUUGUACAGAAAUUGAAAGGAUUCAAGGCUAGCAGGUCUCAUAACAACAAACUGCAGUCUACAGCUUCUUAA